AUGAUAAAAUUAAUUGCGAAAACAUUCGGAAUAAACAAGUACAAAAUGGUUUUAAUUGUACGAACAGAUUUACGUAUGAAUGCAGGAAAAAUAGGAUCACAAUGUGCUCAUGCAGCUGUCGAUUUAUAUCGGCAAGCUUUGAAUAAUCAAACUAUAGGAUUAAAACAAUGGUCAUUUUUAGGACAACCAAAAAUAGUUUUAAAAGUUAAUUCAGAGAAUGAUUUACUUGAGAUACAUAAAGCAGCUCAAGUGAAAAAUAUGAAUACAUGUUUGGUGUACGAUGCUGGUAAAACUGUUGUGGAUGAAGGAACAUUAACUGUUAUGGGAAUUGGUCCACAUGAAGAAAGUGAGAUUGAUAGUCUAACGAAACAUUUAAAGUUAUUAUGAUUUUAAGUUAUUAGGAAUAUACUUGUGUUGCUUUUGA